AUGAUCGUCCUACGAGUUUGGCCUCUCUCACGCUGCUACAAUUCUUGCUAUUGGAUAUAUGGACUCCAAACUUCAACUCUGGUUAAGAAUCUAGAUGGUCCUCACAGAAAAGCCCUUAUUUCGCAGAUAUAUGGACUGGAGUGGAACAGGCAUCACAAGGAGAUACUAGGUGGAUGUGGUUUGAGUUGCAGAGGAAAGGAAAACAAGCUAUGCUUGUGGAAGCACCCUUCCAUGACUAAAGUUGGAGAACUUAAAAGAGUCCUUGACCAGUUUCCCAGACAAGACGUACGCACGUUUAUAUCUCUUCAUAUUAUGCUCAAUAUGAUUAUUCAUGCAUCCAUUUCAAAUGCGUAUCACAUUUUUGCGCAGCAGGGUUUUGAAAAUCCACGAGAAGCAACUGGUCGUAUUGUAUGUGCCAAUUGCCAUUUAGCUAAUAAGCCUGUGGAUAUUGAGGUUCCACAGGCCAUACUUCCUGAUACUGUAUUUGAAGCAGUUGUUAGAAUUCCUUAUGAUAUGCAACUGAAACAAGUUCUUGCUAAUGGUAAAAAGGGGGCUUUGAAUGUAGGGGCCGUUCUUAUUUUACCAGAGGGGUUUGAAUUAGCCCCCCCUGAUCGUAUUUCGCCCGAGAUGAAAGAAAAGAUAGGCAAUCUGUCUUUUCAGAACUACUAUCCCACUAAAAAAAAUAUUCUUGUGAUAGGGCCAAUGCCUGGGCAGAAAUAUAGUGAAAUCACUUUUCCUAUUCUUUCCUCGGACCUUGCGACUAAUAAAGAUAUCCACUUCUUAAAAUAUCCAAUAUACAUAGGUGUUAACAGAGGAAGGGGUCAGAUUUAUCCCGACGAGACCAAAAGUAACAAUACAGUUUAUAAACUUUGUUGA